AUGAAUAAUAAUAGCAGUGUUAUUGCUGGAAACUCAGUGGUUUUUUUGGAUGUAGAAAUUGCCCAAGAAAAAAUUGGACGAAUUGUUAUUGAAUUAUUUAAUAAUGUGGUACCUAAAACUGCUGAAAAUUUUAGAGCUCUUUGUACGGGUGAAAAAGGUAAUGGUUUAUCAGGAAAGCCACUACAUUUAAAAGGGUCAUCGUUCCAUCGAGCUGUUCCAGAAUUUAUGAUCCAGGGUGGUGACAUUACUUCUGGUAAUGGAUCUGGCGGUGAAAGUAUAUAUGGUUGGUUUUUUGAGGACGAAAACUUUGAACUACUGCAUGAAGAACCUGGAGUUUUGAGUAUGGCAAACACAGGCAAUAAAAAUACUAAUAAUUCCCAGUUUUUCAUCACAACUGCUCCAUGUUCACAUUUGGAUGGCAAGAAUGUUGUUUUUGGAAAAGUAAAAAGAGGAUUUUGUGUGGUUCAGACAAUUUCUGCCACUACUACUAAUGAUAAUGAUGUCCCUAUUAAUCCUUGUAUAAUCACAGAUUGUGGUGAGCUACCAAGUGAUAGUAAUACUUGGAAUAUUAAUGAAAAUGAUUCAACCAAUGAUGUUUUCCCCCCUUUCCCCGAGGAUUGGACCAUUCAGCCAGUUGAUCUUGAUGUAAUGCAAAUCUGUGAUGUACUAAAUAAAAUCAAAGAAUCAGGAAACCAAUUUUAUAGCUGUAAAAAUUAUUCAUGUGCUAGACAAAAAUAUGACAAAGUGUUACGAUAUUUUAAAUGGUAUAAAAGUUAUCAUAAAAAUUCUAAAAUGGAUUUAAAUAUGCUGGAAACCAUACAAACAAAUACAUUGUUAAAUUUGUCCACUGUUCAUUUGAAAGAGAAAAAUUACAAAAUGUCAAUCGAAUUAUCAGAACAAGUUUUAAACAUAGAUUGUAACAAUGGAAAGGCUUUUUUUCGUCUUGGUAAGGCCUAUAGAUCACUCAAUAGCUAUGAAAAAGCAAUUAAAUAUUACAAUCAAGCUUUGGACAUUUUUCCGGAUGAAAAAAACAUUUUAAUUGAGUUAAAAAGUGUAAAACAAGCUCAAAAGCAAUAUAUAGACAAUGAAAGAAUGCUUUACUCAAAAAUGUUUUUAUCAUAG